AUGGGAUAUAUGGACUGUGAUAAUCAAGGUUUGAUGUUUGAUUUAUUAGAUGAUAAACCCGAACACCGCCGACUAACCCAUAUUUCUUCUUUGAUCAAAAUUGACAUGUGUAGUCUUAUGGCUAGAUUUACUGUUGAUUGUAAUAAUACUUUUACCUGUCAAAUGUCAAAUAAGAUAAGAACAACAAAUGUAAGAUCUACAGCUACAGCUACAGCUACAGCUACUUUCAUCUCAGAAUUCAAGAAUAAAUAUGCGUUUCUGUAUAUUAUUCUCAAGAAUUCUACAAAACUUGGAAACAUACUGAAGAAAUUAUUGCUGUUGAAGUAA